AAAUGGUAGCGUUAGUCAAAGAGAGUGGGGGCAGAUAGAAGGAGGGGGAAAGAAUACGUUGGAUAAUACUAAUACAAGACAAGAUGAUGAAACAGUAUAGAGUGGCGGGGCCGCAGUGAUAUGAAUAGUAAACCCCCCUUGUCCCCUCCAUCCAGGCCCCACCACCCCCGCAAUUACUCCCUCGCUUCCCCUAUUUUCCAUUCACUACUAUUUCUCUCUCUCAAAAACAGUCUCAUCACUUCAAAACUCUUCACACAUUCAGUGAUUCACAUAUCAUAUACUCUUAUCUUUUCUUCCUUUAAAACGUCCCAUCAUCAUCUAUCCAACGUUGAAAACCUUCAACUUGUAUUUAUCUUGGAAAACCCAAAAUCUCAAAGAAAGCUACUCCAAUUAUUUCACUCUAUCUUUUUCUCCCAGAUAAAUAGACUUGAGAUCGCUUUUCACCUUGCUGCUCUUGCUUCUGUGGGGUUACUGCUUCAGCUAAGAAUUUCUUCUCGCUUUCACUUGUUUUAUUAUCUUUUAAUCUGGAUUUGUCUUGCCCAUGACAUGUCACUGGACAUUAACUUCACAGUGGAUACCCAAAAUUGGAUGUGUUCUACAUAUAACAAUAUUGACUGAUUGCGGCUAUCUGGAUUUGAAUUAGACAAGCAAAGAAAAAUCUUAUGAUUUCAUCCAUGACUAGUCUGUCUAUCUAGUAUCCAGUACACUAGAACUAGUAAAAUAGAGGCACUAUCAUUGCAAGGCGAUCUUCAUCACAACUUCUCUCUUAGCUAACUGUUAGAUAAGGAUGUAAAGCUCCGUAGUUGCAAUUUGGACUAUAAAAGCACUACUCUGUUGACUAUUGCAGUUGGAUCAUCGCGAUUACAGGUUGGAUGCAAGUCAAGUCCUUCCUCACAUUAAAAUCAUCACCAAUCUUUUUAGUCAAAUAAUUUAUUGCAUUUUAUGGAUUCAACAUCCGGAGUCGGAGUAUCCGACCCAAACACUGGCGGCAGUGGAGGAGGAGGAGAAGGUCCAUCAAUAACAACCGCUCCCCCCGAAAGCGGAGGGUCAACAACAGUUUCUGCAGCACCACCGAGCCGAUACGAGUCACAAAAACGUCGAGAUUGGAACACUUUCUUACAGUACUUAAGGAACCACAAGCCACCGUUAACCCUAGCCCGAUGCAGCGGGGCACACGUGAUCGAGUUCCUUAAGUACCUCGAUCAGUUCGGGAAAACUAAGGUGCACGUGACCGGGUGCCCUUAUUUCGGGCACCCAAAUCCACCUGCACCUUGUGCGUGUCCGUUAAAGCAAGCUUGGGGUAGCCUUGAUGCACUAAUUGGAAGGCUAAGAGCUGCUUAUGAAGAAAAUGGGGGUAAACCUGAAUCAAAUCCGUUUGGUGCUAAAGCUGUUAGAAUAUAUUUAAGGGAAGUUAGAGAAAGUCAAGCUAAAGCUAGAGGAAUUCCUUAUGAAAAGAAGAAACGCAAAAGACCGAGUAGUUCAAGCUCGGUCGUGAUGACAGCUGGCAGUGCUAGUGGCGGCGGUGUUGUUGCAGUAGAAGCUGGUGGUAGUGGUGGCGGAGAUGGUGGAAGUAAUGUCAAUGGUGGUGGUCGUGGUGGUGAUGGCAGUGGCGCGACUAUUGGUCAGCCACCUACUACUACUACUACUAAUACAACAGUAUAGUACAGAUUAUUUUCCAUGAUUCAUUUUCAAUUUUAAUUUUAGCUAGUAACUUGUUCUUUUUUUUCCCUCUUCUAGUUCAGUAUACACUACUCCUAGUAAGUAAUUGUGAAUUACGUAUGAGAUUUAUUACAUCACUUCUGAUCACAUUUAUUUAAAUAUUUUUAGUUUUAUUCAGUGGCAAGUAAUUAAGUUGCA